AUUGAUUCAAUAUGCCCAAAAAGAAAACUUCAAAGGCAACCGAGCAAGCAGAAAAAGAAGCCACUGUAGUAGAACCAGAAAAACCAUCGUUAACGCCAAAGAAAUCGAGUAAUGAGAUUGAUGAAAUCUUCUCUGGGAAGAAGAGGAAGAAACCUGAAAAAGAAAAGAAUGUUAAGGCAAACGAAAAUGAAACUGAAGAGCCAAAAUUGUUGAAGAAGAAAAAGAAGUCCAAAGAAGAUAAAGAGGGAAGGUUUACCAAUCUGCCUUCUAAACCUCGAAAGAAAACAGAGGAUGGUCUGACCGUCUAUACAGAAGAGGAAUUAGGUAUUAGCAAUUCCAAUGCUGGAGGUACCCCACUUUGCCCAUUUGAUUGUGAUUGUUGCUUUUGAUGAUUCUUAGGUAUAACUGCUUGGAUUUAAUGAACCUACUGAGAUUUUGUUCUGGUUUUUUAAUUCUCAUUUGUGAUUGUGGAAUUUGUAGUUUAUGGGAAAUUUUGUUUGAAGUUCUACUUUUCUCUUCUUGUACACUAGAAUCAGAUUAAAUGAAAAAUAUUCAAUCCAUGCUACAUGGUACUUCUAAACUUCUCUA